AUGGCGACAGAUCAAUGGUCCUCAGGCGACAAUUUCCCAGAAGUACCUGACGAGUUUGUCGAUCAAAUAUGGUCGGGUCUUUUUGUCAAACCCGCUACUCGGCUCCCAGCUGAUGUGGAUGCUAAGAGAUUGGAGCUGGAAUCACAAAACAAGGAAGAGGCUGAAAAGAGUCAAUACGAAGCUGAAAAAGCCAAGGCAAGAUUCACCGAAAUACUACAGUUCUGGGAUGCGGAGCAUGACAGAGAAAAGGGCAGUACAAAAGGGAAACGCAGUAAAGAACCGAUCGUCGUCAAAGUUCGGGCCAAUAUCUCCCAGAUGCACAACUGGGAAGAUGUAUUUUCCUCGCUGCAGGAAGCAGAAGAUCACUAUAGCAACUCCAGCAAGUUUCGGAAAUUCUUCCGACGAGGCGCAAGCAAGUCCGAGGCAGCGGAGCCAUUCGUUGGACUGAUUCCAGAUAGCAUGUAUACCUCUGUCAUCUGUGCAGGGAUAAAAUUGAUCUUAGGGGCGUGCUCCGCUGCAAACAAAUCGCGACAAGACAUAAUAGCCCUUGUUGAGUCGCUUCCAGAAAAAGUUCACAGUGCCACCCAAUACGCAGAGCUCUAUAGCUCAGAAGCAAUUCUACAGACGGCCACCUGUCAACUUUACGUGAAAAUUUUGACGGCUAUGGAAAAUAUAAUUGCAUUUUGGACAAAGGACCGAUCAUUCGAGUUUCUCAAACCGCUCUUCCUCCAAAGUACCUAUACGCCUCUCCAGGUUGAGCUUGAUGAUGUGAGGAAGGCAUCAGAAAACGUGGAGCGCACAAUUCAAUUAUGCAAUCAAAGAAGAUUAGCGCAAGUGGCAAAUGGGGUCAAAAGUUCACAGGCCACCAUGCACGAAAUAAAAACGGCGCUGAAACAGCUCUUCGCUCAGCAAUAUAUGAACACAAAAUGUCUGCCUCGGUCCAUGCCCGGAAUUCUCUGA